AUGCCCGGGCCGCGCGCCCCAGUGGAGCCCCGAGAGUCGGGGGAGCGCCGGCCGCUGCUGGAGCGCAGGCCGCGGGGGCCCCGACGGUGGUGGCGGGCGGCGGCGGCCGCGGUGCUGCUCGUGGAGAUGCUGGAGCGCGCCGCCUUCUUCGGCGUCGCGGGCAACCUGGUGCUCUACCUGAACAGCGCCGACUUCCACUGGGCCGGCGAGCAGGCGUCCCGCGCCGCGCUGGUCUUCCUGGGCGCCUCCUACCUGCUGGCGCCCGUGGGCGGCUGGCUGGCCGACGUAUACCUGGGCCGCCACCGCGCCAUCGCGCUCAGCCUGCUGCUCUACCUGGCGGCCUCCGGCCUGCUGGCCGCCACCGCCUUCCCCGACGGCCGCAGCUCCUUCUGCGGCGAGAUGCUCUCCCUGCCGCUGGGGCCCGCCUGCCCCUCGCCCGGCUGCCUGCACACCUCGCCCGCCCCCUACUGCGCCCCCACCCUCUACGCGGUGUUGCUGCUGCUCGCCCUGGCCGCCAGCUCCGUCAGGAGCAACCUCACCUCUUUCGGGGCCGACCAGGUGAUGGAUCUUGGCCGCCAUGCCAACCGCCGCUUCUUCAACUGGUUUUAUUGGAGCAUUAAUGUGGGUGCCGUGCUGUCGUUGCUGGUGCUGGCCUUUAUCCAACAGAACAUCAACUUCCUGCUGGGCUACAGCAUCAUCGUGGGCUGUGUGGGCCUGGCCUUCUUCAUCUUCCUCUUCGCCACCCCCAGCUUCAUUACCAAGCCCCCCACAGGCAGCCAAGUGUCCUCCAUGCUCAAACUUGCUCUCCAGAACUGCUGUCCCAGGCGGUGGCGCCGACACUCUGCCAGAGACCCUCCAGGCGGCCAGCUGCUGCCUGACCAGAGGUCUCCCCAGCCUGGCCCUUCCCCCCAAGAGGACAUCGCCAACUUCCAGGUGCUGGUGAAGAUCUUGCCCGUCUUGGUGACCUUGGUGCCCUACUGGAUGGUAUACUUCCAGAUGCAGUCCACCUAUGUCCUGCAAGGUCUUCACCUCCAAAUCCCGAACAUCUUCCCAGACUACCCUGCCAACAGAUCCGCGGCUCUGAGGGCCCAGGGCGGUGGCUACAAGAUCCCAGAAGCCUGGCUCCUCCUGGCCAACGUCGUGGUGUUGCUGAUCCUGGUGCCUGUGAAGGACCACCUGCUCGAUCCUUUACUGCUGCGCUGCAAGCUGCUUCCCUCGGCUCUGCAGAAGAUGGCGCUGGGGAUGUUCUUUGGUUUCACCUCGGUCAUUGUGGCAGGAGUCCUGGAGAUGGAGCGUUUAGAGUACAUCAGUCACAACCAGACGGUGUCCCAGCAGAUCGGGCAGAACACAUAUUAUGCAGCACCACUGUCCAUCUGGUGGCAGACCCCUCAGUACCUGCUCAUCGGGAUCAGUGAGAUUUUUGCCAGCAUCCCAGGCCUGGAGUUUGCGUACUCAGAGGCCCCGCGUUCCAUGCAGGGCGCCAUGAUGGGCAUCUUCUUCUGCCUGUCUGGGGUGGGCUCGCUGUUAGGCUCCAGCCUGGUGGCACUACUGUCACUGCCGGGGGGCUGGCUACACUGCCCGGAGGAUUUUGGGAACAUCAACAAAUGCCGGAUGGACCUCUAUUUCUUCCUGCUGGCCGGCAUUCAGGCUGCCACGGCCUUGCUGUAUAUCGGGAUCGCUGGUCGCUAUGAGAGGGUGGCCCAGGGCCCAGCCUCCCAAAGCUGUCCCAGGAGGGGCAGUGGCUGAACACGGCCCCCACUCCCCCCCUUGCCUCUCUCCCCCAACAGACAGUCACAGGCCCAGCUGGGGUUUCCUUCUCAGUUUAUUCUGUACCCAACAUUAGGAUGAAAUGGUUCUCAUAAAUAAGGGCCCUGAGCCCUUCCUCACGUCCAUGGUCCAUGACAAGGGGCAGGGCAGCGGGGGCCUGGGUGGGAGUCCUUGCGAGGGACCAGGCAGGGGACUCGCAUCGACCAGCACCAGAGGACGAGCAGGAAGCUGCCCAGGCCAGAGGCCGACGGCGCCGGGCCAGGCAGGCUGGGGAGGGUCAGGAGCUGCCCCGGAUCCGCUCCAUGUAGCUGCGCAGCUCCUCGGGGUCCUUCAGCCCCAUGUCCUCACACACCCAGCGGAUGUCCUCCUCGCCCGCCACCAGGAUGGACUGCACGGCAGGGGCCCCCACGGGCUCCUCGGGCAGCUGGGCUGGGGGUGCUGGCGCAAACGUCACAAACUCUACUCGCUUCCGCCGCCCCCCGGCUUCCUUCCUGGCCAGGGUGCUCGAGGAGCUGGUGGUGCCCCCAGCAGGGGCCUGGGCCAGGGUCAGGGCCUCCCCUCCUCCCCCACUCUCGCAGGGGCAGCCCCCCUCCCCCUUGGGCAGGCCAGGGGACUGCCGGUCCAGCUGGCGGCUCAGGUCCUCCUGGUCAGUGCCCAGCCAGACCCAGUUGUGGGGCUGGGGGGAGGCAGGGUCAGCAGCACCGUCCGGUGGCUCCUUGCGCUGGUAGCGCAGCAUGAAGACCACACCAUUGACCAGGAAGAUGAGGAUGGCCAGACAGAAGAUGCCCAGCAGGGCGUACAUGCCCAGCUCUAACUCGGUGACCCGCUGAGGGGCGGGGACCAUCUCCUCCUCUUCCUCCUCCUCCUCCCUAGCUUCUGCCUUCUCCUUCCCGGCCUCCUCCUCUGCCUGCUCAAACUUGUACCUCACAUCCCCGCUGCCCCCCACACUGCCUGCCGCCCGCCGUUCUCCACCCACGCUGGCCUCUGGGGCCGGUGAGCUCUGAGCUGGGCUGGAUGGGAGGGCAGGGGCUGGGGUGGGAGCAGGGGACAGCCCUAGCCAGGCGGUGCCAGAGGCCAGGGGCACACGGUGGCGGCCCCGGCGGCAGGGCUCGGGCGGGUGCAGAGCCACAUGCAGGGGCAGCCCCUUGACGCCCGCCCCACUCACCACCACCCCGAGUUGGGCACCCCGCUCAUAGGCUGGCAGCACAGCACCGGGCUCCUCGGCCGAGACGGACAGUCCCAGGUCACGGUGGUUGUAGAGCUCAGCGGGGGCCAGGGUGUGGUCAGAGAAGGACAGCCACAGGGAGAGGGCCAC